AUGAAUAACUAAUCUGUUAAUGUGCAGUACAAUGAUCAGAUAAAAAUGAAGGUCUCAGAAGUGUUCCAAACCCAUUACAUUAAUACCCAACCCUCGAAACAAGAAUAGACUAUUGUAAUUUGCUUAAUAAUUUUUGGUAACAUAAUUUGGAACUGGAUGGCAAACUUUUAAAAUAGUGGGUCCAGCCAUUAUCAUUACGAACUAACUGUUAAAAUUAUCGAGACCUUGUGGAUUGUCUUUCAUCAUUUGAAGAAAAAAACUACUUAAACUCCCGAAUCUCUUCUGAAUCUAGGUUUGGUAAUUCAGCUCGUAAAUGCCCUAAUCACGACUUUAACCAUAACUGAUGUAGAAUCGAGAUCGGAAUAAGUACUAGACCAAUUCACCUUCUUCAUCCUCCUCCAUCAAUAUAUCUACAAUCGAUUCUCAUUGAAAUUGCAUUACUUGCAUUAAGUGAUUGGAAUCGGCAGCGUUUUGGCAUUUCAAAUCUGUUGGGGAGUCCAUUUUAUUAGUACAAUCAAAAUGAUAACAGUAUAAUCGGUUUUUAUUUUGUCAAAAUAAUUACGAUAACAGAGACUGUGCAACGAGACACAAAACAAAAUCAAGCAAUUCAACUAGGAGCUGGAUCAGAUGAAGUAGCAGUAACAAUAAUAGAUAAAUAAAUAUCAAGAGGAAAUUGAUUCAAAAUCACAGAUGCAAUUAUAAUCUAGGGCCAAUGACUUAGUCAAUAAAUUAAAAUUAAUCAAAUUUAAGUAACAAUGCGCAAUCAAAAAUCAACUCUUAAAAAAUGCUAGUUAAUAAUAAGAAAAAUUGUAAUCGAUGGUUUCAAUAACAGAAGUGUUUGGCAAAGACGAAGUUGACGAAGACACUAACCAAAAUUAUCAAACCACUUCUCCAAAAAUAGAGAAUUUUAGAAGAAGAGCUAGUAGAACCCUAUCCUAAAAUUCAGAUAUUAAAGGUAAAAAUCUACUAUUCGACCAACAGCAAUCUCACUCUGAUCAAACUAUUAUUCAAGGAGAUGAUUUUAUUACUAUUGAUGAAAUAGAUGACCUUCUCAAUUUAUUGACAGGUAAAAAAGACAACAUUUGGUUACCAAAGUUUUUAAGAAGUCAUCGUUAAUUGGAUUGUCAAAAUAGUAAUUGCAGUAUCCAAUAAACCUCAAAGGAAGACUAAUUUAGUUAAGAUGCCAAAAAAUUCAUACUUUCACAUUUCACCUAAAGAGAAGCCUCCUUUUAAUAUAUUGAUGACAUUUCAGAUGACAUAGAUGAUAUUACCUAAAACACUCUAAUUGAUUUCAACAUCAAUUAUUUACAACCAGAUUACACUCUAAAUAAUCUAGAUCAAUCACAGAGAAUGAUGUUUUUAGAAGGAUCCAUAAAUUUGUUUAAAAUAUUCAAAGUCAUUCAAACAUUGAAGAUUACUAAUCUAGAAACCCUUGGAGAAUUCAGUGUCAAAAUAGAAUCUCUCUAUUAAAACAAUUUCUAUCACAAUUCUAUGCAUGCAAUCGAUGUCGCAAAUUCAACUGCCUUUUUCCUAUAAAAUGGAUUAUCAACUUUAAUCGACGAUUUCCAAGCUACUUGCUUGUUAAUUUCAUCUUUGGCACAUGAUAUUGGACAUCCAGGCUUAAAUAACGGAUUUAUGACUGCUAACAGAUGUAGAUUAGCCUUAUUAUUUAAUGAUCAAAGUGUUUUAGAGAAUUAUCAUUCAUUCCUAUUGUUUUAGGUACUCACUUAAAGUAAAUGCAACAUCAUUGAAAAUUUGAGUUCUAAUGAAAUCAAAGGAUUUAGGAAGUAUUGCUUAAAUCUCAUUCUUGACACUGAUCUCACCAGACACUUUUAAUUGAUGAACAAAUUCUAAAAUUAUUUGAAUGUUAAUGAAUCUCCUGCUAUUGAUUAACAAUUAAUCAUGUCAAUUGGAAUUAAAUGUGCAGAUGUUGGACAUGGAGCAAAGGAAUUAAAAUUGCACAAAACAUGGAGUAGAAGAAUUAUUGAAGAAUUCUUUUUAUAAGGAGAUUUAGAACAUCACCUUAAAGUACCUAUAUCACCAAUGUGUGAUAGGAAAUAGAAUGUUUCUAAAUCUCAAGAAGGCUUUUUAAAAGCCAUAGUUUUACCAAUGUUCGAGGCCUUCUCAACAAUAUUAAAGAAUGAAAAUAUCUAAAAAACUUGUGUUGACUAAGUAAAAUAAAAUAUAGAAUAUUGGUAAAAGCAGAAGACUGAUGAAGAAUUCAUGGAAGAAACAACUUUUGAUACCAAUGCAGGACUUGAAAUUCUUCAAAAGUUUCUUCAUGAACCUCUUCAUAUUGAGAUUUGA